AUAAUGUGACUUGAAAAGUUGAUACUGCUGAGAUUUAGUUUUGGUUGUUUUCGGUCUCAGACACUAAAGAGGACUGUUGUUUAACGUCUUCUACAUUGUAAAAAAACCCAGUAUAUGACAGUCUGAACUGACAAGAUGGAGGAUGAGAAUGAGUAUAAGAAGUUGCCGACGGAGGAGAAAUGUGUCCACAAGCUAUGGAAGGCUCGGGUUUUAGGCUAUGAAGAAGCCAUUAAACUCUUCAAUCAGAUUGACGAUGAGAAAUCUCCAGAAUGGAACAAAUACUUGGGGUUGAUCAAGAAAUUUGUCACGGACAGUAAUGCUGUAGCCCAGGAGAGGGGUAUGGAAGCGGCGUUGGUGUUCGUGGAGAACUGCGGUCAUGCCGGCAAGACGGUCGGCGAGGUGAUGGCUGGCAUCGUCACCAAGUGCAUCGCCGCUGCCAGAACUAAGACCAAGGAGCUUGCCUUACAGUUAACCCUGAUGUACGUCGAGAUAGAAAAACACGACAUCGUAGAAGAGGAGCUGCUAAAAGGCAUGGAACAAAAGAACCCAAAAGUAGUGGCAGCUUGUACAGCCGCGUUGACCACCGCUCUCAGGCAGUUUGGCAACAAAGUCAUCGCGAUCAAACCGAUGGUGAAGAAAAUCCCAGUACUGCUCACGGAUAGGGAUAAGGGAGUGAGAGAUGAAAUGAAGGCGCUAGUUAUUGAGAUGCACAGGUGGAUUGGACCGGCAAUAGAGCCGCACAUUGCCUCCCUUCAAGCAGUGAUGCAGCAAGAACUUCGCGAAGCAUUUGGAGGUUCAGGAGGUGCCCAGCCAACUCGGUAUUUGCGCUCACAGCAAAGUCGUGUUAGGGUUACACCGGCAACCGACGCCGGAGAUGGUACUCCAGAAGACGAUGAUGUAGACGCUGGCUCUGGAGAUUCCGGAGACAUGGAUCCUUUCGAUCUUCUUGACCCCGUGGAAAUACUUUCUAAACUACCUAAGGACUUCUACGAGAAACUAGAAGCCAAGAAAUGGCAAGAAAGGAAAGAGGCAUUAGAUUCUUUAGACAAUUUGCUGAAAAAUUCCCCCAAACUUGAAUCUGGAGAUUACGCUGACUUGGUCAGGGCCUUAAAGAAGGUGAUCUCCAAAGACACAAACGUAAUGCUCGUGGCUCUAGGCGGACGACUCCUAGGAGCGGUGGCCAACGGACUACGCAAUAAGUUUUCUCCCUACGCCACGGCGUGCGUACAGGCCAUAUUGGAGAAGUUCAAGGAGAAGAAGAGCAACGUUGUGGCCGCGCUUCGAGAGGCAAUCGAUGCUAUUUAUCCCUGUACCAACCUGGAAGCAAUAAUGGAGGAUAUGCUAGCGGCGUUCGACAACAAAAACCCCUCAAUUAAAACGGAGUCGGCACUGUUCCUUGCACGGGCACUCUGCGUCACUCAGCCCGCGGCGUUCAACAAGAAGCUUAUCAAAGCUUACGUUGCUGGACUGCUGAAACUACUUGAAAGCGCUGACCCUGCGGUGCGUGACGCAGCAGCCGAAGCUCUAGGCACGGCUACCAAACUGGUAGGAGAAAAGAACAUCGCACCUCACAUUGGUAAAAUUGACAAUCUUAAGGAGCAGAAAAUCAAAGAGUUUGCUGAUAAGGCGGAAAUAAAAGUGAAAAUAGCUGGGCCAAAGAAAGAAGCGAAACCAAAAAUGCCGAAUGUGACGAGCAUGGCUAAGGGUGAUACGAAAUCAAAUGCUGGAUCUUCGCAGCCGAAACCCGUUAAAAGACCUGUCACGAGCACUAUAAAGAAAGCAGGUGUAGGCGGUGCAAAAAAAGCCGCAGGUCGCGCACCUACCGGUCCGCCGCGUGAACAAGAGCUCUCGCAGGAAGAAGUCGAUGUCAGAGCAGAGCAGCUGUUCCCUGUUGACGUCACUUCAGGCCUCGUGGACAGCAACUGGAAAAACCGUCUCUUAGCGGUCCAGGGUUUUACCCAAACUAUGCAAGGUCUAGCACCCAGCGAUGUGACGUCGCAAGUGUUGUACCGCGUGCUAAACAAAAAACCUGGUUUAAAGGACACUAACGUACAAGUUCUCAAAGCUAGGCUUGAGGCGUGCAAGUACAUUACCGAAAACUUCCCAGUUUCCACGACGGCAGCAGACUUCGUUUUACAAGACGUAGUAGCAAAGCUUGGCGAGACAUCUUGCUCGGCAAUUUCCGCCGAAUGCCUAACAUCACUUGCCGAAGGAUGCGGACUAGAGCAUGUAAUCAACGAGGGGUUAACCUACGCCAUGGACCAGCAGAAGAAUCCUAAAGUGCAGAGUGAAAUGUUUAACUGGAUGUUUAUUGCUGUCAAAGAGUUUGGACUGUCAAUGAAAAUAAAUGCCAUAGUAGCACAUUCAAAGAAGGCUCUAUCUGCUACGAACCCAAAUGUACGGACGUCAGCAGUUAAUUUCCUCGGUAUACUAUCAUUAUACGUGGGCCCAUCCAUAGUGAAUCACUUCGAUAGCGAGAAGCCUGCGACGAAACAGCUUAUCAGCUUGGAGGUGGAUAAAUACGCUAAUAGUACACCGCCGACGCCGACUAGACAAUUUGGUGCAGGCGUCAAAAAGUCGGCCAGUAAAGGCUCAAUGGGCGACGAAAUCGAAGAGCCGUUCGAGGACGCAGGAGAGGACGAACCUGCCAUCGUGGAGGACAACCGGCCCAGGACUGACAUAGCGCCUCACAUCACUGACUUUCUUAUUGCUGAGCUUAACGACAAGAACUGGAAGGUUCGCAAUGAAGCCCUGGACAAAGUGAAAGCAAUCAUCACCAAUUCUUCACCAAUCAAAGCCACACUUGGUGAAUUACCCGCGGCAUUGGCCUCGAGAUUGGUAGACUCAAACUCGAAACUAGCACAGUCUGCUCUCGGUAUCUGCGAGUUGCUGGCCACUGCUAUGGGACCCAAGUGCAAGCAACAUGUUAGAACUUUCUUCCCCGCUUUCUUCCAAGCUCUCGGCGACAGCAAGCAAUGGAUUCGCGUAGCAGCGGUGACGUGCAUAGAGAUAUGGUGCCGCGAGGCGGGUGCGCAUACACCGUUCGACGGCGAGAUGGUGCUCGAUGCGCUUAAGGCCGGAUCGCCUGUUCUCAGAGCGACGUUGCUGCAGUGGCUGGCUGAACAUCUUCCUAAUGUACCACCAAAGUCAUUCCCGCGCGAGGAGCUAUCACAAUGCGUGCCAACUUUAUUCGCUUGCAUAGAAGAUCGUGCUGCCGACGUACGCAAGGCAGCAGCUGAUUGUGUAUUCCCAUUCAUGCUGCAUCUCGGUUACGACGCUAUGUUUAAGCAGCUCGACAAGCUCAAGCCGGCGUCAAAAUCAACAAUCCAAGCAGCUUUGGAUAAAGCGCGACCAAACCUUCCGGUGCAGCCGCUACCGCCAAAGGGCAAGGGCAAGGAAGAGCAGCAGCGCGGAGUCAAGUCCGCCGGGGCUCUCAAGAAGGAAGCUGAAAAGAAAGCGCCCGUUGUUAAGGGGAAGGCUCCAGCAAAACCCUCGUCAGCAUCGAGCCGAGGAAAGAAAGACGACGAAGAUAGUGGCUUUCUCCUACCGAACAACAAUGCCAAGAACCAACGCAUCAUCGACGAUCAGAAGCUCAAAGUGCUCAAGUGGAACUUCACUACACCCCGUGAAGAGUUCUUUGAGCUGUUGAAGGAGCAGAUGACCAGCGCUGGAUUGAAUAAGCAGUUAAUUGCUAAUAUGUUUCAUAAUGAUUUUAGAUAUCAUCUAAAAGCAAUAGAAGCACUUUCUGAAGAUCUCCAAGAGAAUGGCCCUUCAUUAAUGGCGAACUUGGAUCUCGUGCUGAAAUGGCUGACGCUGCGCUUCUUCGACACAAACCCCUCGGUAAUAUUGAAGGGUUUGGAAUACUUGUCGUUGGUGUUCCAGUUCUUGAUGGACAGCGAUUAUACUAUGGCUGAAUAUGAGGCUAAUUGCUUCAUACCAUAUUUGGUUUUAAAGGUGGGAGAUCCAAAAGACACUGUUCGUAACGGCGUCAAAGCUCUUUUCAAGCAAAUCUGCGUUGUGUACUCCGUUACCAAGCUAUUCGGUUAUUUGAUGGAAGGACUCAAGUCUAAGAACGCUCGACAGAGAGCUGAAUGUCUGGAAUGCAUCGGGCACCUUAUUGAAACGUACGGGUCUACUGUGAUGUCCCCGACGGGCGCCGUGGCGUUAAAGGAGCUAGCGCGGCACAUUGGCGAUCGUGACAACGCUGUGCGAUCUGCCGCACUUAACUGCGUCGCCAGCGCUUAUUUCCUGGAGGGGGAGAAAGUUUACAAGAUGAUUGGACAGAUAUCAGACAAAGACCUGUCGCUACUCGAAGAGCGAAUUAAACGGGCAGGCAAGAAUCGCAGCGCGGAGGUACGUCGCUCAAUGGUCGUCCCUCUGUCUGCUUCCGGUCGACCUAUACAACCUCACUCUGAUAUCGAAGGGGAUUCGCGCCGCAUGAUAUCAGUAGACCAAGUUCCUAACGGUGAUUAUGAAGACGAAGAAGAGGAAGAACCGCCACCGCCACCGGUGCAUAUCCCACCACCGGAAGCGAAAGUAAUCUCUGGACCAUUCGGACUGGACCCUAAAUUGAUAGCAGAGUUAGAUGCAGCGGUGCCGGUUUUGAAUCGACCAGAUUUGCCCGAACUGGACUUGAAGUUCCUCGACGAUCCCAUUCCGGCUGCCGCCGGGGUGCCUGCCAUUUCACGACACAGGCCGCAGCUGCCAACUGUUAGACAAAGUGUGCUACCGUCGUCGUCACCGCCUCGCCUCGUGUCGAUGUCUGCGCCACACCCGCUAGUUACGCCCGCUGUGCAUACUCAGCCCAACGUGGACGACUCACAGCUCGCUGACAUCAUACACUCAAUCGCCAGUCCUGACUUGAAUGCUGCAAUCCGUGCCCUUUCGCAUAUCUCCGGUGUACUUGUGUCUGGGCGAGGAGCUGCGUUGGCCGCGCACGAACAAAGACUGGUCGCGGCAAUAGCGACGCAGGUCCGCCAUCUCCGAACCGGCACUGCCGAUACGCAGGACACGUUGCCUGCUUAUAAAUACCUCGCCGGAGCUCUUAACACGUUCUACGAGACGGGAGGCUGCGGCUCUCACGUAGGCGAGUCUGCGCUAUCGUCGCUGCUCGGUGAGUUGCUCAGCGUGCUGGGUGCAAGCACACCGCAAGGCGGCUCGGCUAGCGACGGCGAGAAGCUUGCCCGAAUUCUCAACAACGUCUGCAUUCGUGUCAUGGAGCACUCCCAGCGUACCGCCUUGCUGUGCGCAAUAGUGUCACUCUUACAUGAAUCCAUCGGCGUCUCCGAUCCAGCCUACCCACGCUACCAGGACUUACUUCUAAAAUGCUUUUGGAAGACCUUGAAGAUGAUAGCAGGGUGGGACGUCCACUCGAUAGACUAUGACGCUGUAUUAUACAAAAUACAUCUGUUUUAUAAGGCAUAUCCUAAUAGCUAUUGGAAAAAGAACCCUGAAAUUAGUGACACGCCUUAUCGUACUGUGAAAACUCUGGUGCACACACUAGUCAAGAUGAAGGGCGCGUCCAUCACAAACCACUUAACGCAGAUCCCUGACGUAAAUGAAUCUGAUCUUUUUCCGUACUUGCUUAAAGUACUCAAGCAACUAAAACUAGAUGACAAGAAAGAGAACUCGUCAGACGCUAUGAACACGGGCAAUGUGUUUGCCCCUGUAACAGCCAACAACUCUGCUUUGAACGCCAAUCGGCUGCCGCGCGGCGUGCAUGACGAGUUGUCCUCUAUAUUGAAGAGAAUCGGCAGCAAGGAGCAUAAUAAGGACGCUCUUUCACAGUUAUAUGAUUUGCGAUUACGUCACCCCGAAGUGGACAUAUGGACAUUCAUGCAAAGCUCAUCGUUCUACUUCCGCAACUACGUGGAACGUGGCCUGCGCGAAGUAGCCGAAUUGAGAAAAGUUUCCUCUGUGCCUAUCUAUAAACACGAUUAUAAAAACGAUAAUAUUGACAUUAGUAAUGAGAAUGACGAGAAAUCACACGUUAUUUUCUUAGAACGACUACGAGUUUUGCAGGCCAAAGCUGGGUACAGACCAGAAGCGAGCCCGUCGUCGCAGCCGCGUACGCCCAUAAGCGACAACCGUGACCUCGCCGAUACGAUGAACGAUAACACACUGCCUCGCGGACACAGUAUCGACCCACAGUUGGAGUUACACACAUCACAACCAGUAUCUCAUAAGAAUGAAGCAGCUGUCGACGCGCUGCGACUCAAGCUACAACAGAUCAAGAGUUCCUCCAAGAGAUAAGAUGCUCUUUACCUAAACUAUUCUCGGACGCGGUAGCUCUCUCCCAAUGUUAUACAAUACUUGUUUUGUGUACGCGGUAUUAUUAGAUUAGCUAUGCUCCUUAUAAUCAGGGUGGUCUCUUUAAAUGUUGCUAUCCCUUUAUAACGUAAAGCGUACAUGCUGCAUAAGACAGAGAACAUCUAAGACAUGGUUUCCUUAAGAUUUCUAUACCACUCUCUGUCUCUAAAACGAUGUCAGUCGACUGCAAAAGACGGAAGCAGACGUAUAUUUGUCUCUUCAAAAACGGAUACGUAAUAUCGGUUUAUAUAAUACAUAAACGGUAACGAUAUACAGGAUGAUAAAAAAACCACUGACCAUUUUAAACGAGAUACAUGUUCGGUUUUUUUUUCAAAUACUUAACAAAUAAAUAAGUUAUAACGGUCUCAAAGUUCUCCGAAAAAUUGUGAACAAUAUUGACACU